AUGUCGACCUUGACGUCGCAGUCAGGCUCGUCGCCUGCCGAUUCGAAAGAGCGUAUCGCUGUGCAGGAGCUUGGUCGCCCUGAUGUUGAUCUUGAGCAGAUCGGAGAGAAAGAGGGCUAUGUUCUCGACGAAGAGCACUUGAGGAAAACCCUCAACAUACCCGACUCUGCUAUCAUCAAGACAGCCGCUGAUGGAAAAACGGUCUUGAUUCCCCAGCCGUCUGAGGAUCCGCAAGAUCCGUUGAAUUGGCCCGCCUGGAAGAAGACGGUGAUCCUAUAUAUCGUCUCCCUAACAGCCUUUACUGGUGAUUAUGGGAGUGCUAUUGGUGGUAUUACCUUGCUGCCGCAAGCACAGGAAUGGCAUAUGACACCGGAUGCUAUCAAUCACGCUACAGCUGGCAACGUCUUCAUGUUGGGAGCCGGAGGCAUCGUCGUUGUCUGGUUUUCUGCAUAUUUUGGACGGCUUCCAGUGCUCAUGUUCUUCCAAUCGCUGAACCUAGCUACGUCUGUAUGGAGUGGCUCAGCCACCAACUUCGAGUCGUUCAUGACGGCCAGAAUCCUACAUGGCUUCUUCGCGACGGUCGCUGCUGCCGGAGGCUUGAUGUUCAUCAAGGAUAUGUACUUCUUCCAUCAACACCCGCGCAAGAUCAACGUAUGGGCAACCGCCGUGAUACUUUCGCCCUUCCUGGGUCCUUUUAUUGCCUGUUGGAUCGUUGCCCAUACCACGUGGCGAUGGGCUUUCUGGUCGCUUUCUAUCCUCAAUGCUGUGGCCUGGCUACUCAUUGUCUUCUGCAUGGACGAGACGUUCUAUCCUCGAAAUCUAGCCCCAGGUCAAGUUCCCGUCCGCAAGUCUCGUAUGUUGCGAGUGCUUGGAAUUGAGCAGUGGAGAACGAAUCUUGUUCCGAACACCUUUCUCCAAGCUGGCAUGCGCUCAUGGACGGCCAUCACCAAACUUCCCGUCCUUCUCAGUUGUAUCUACUACUUUAUGACAUUCGCAUGGGUCAUCGCGGUCAACAUUACCAUCGGAGUCUUCGUCAUACCGGCAUACCACUUCACCUUUGACAACCUGGCUCUUCUGUACCUUGCCCCGAUCAUCGGCACCAUCCUUGGGCAGAUUGUCGGCCAUUGGCUGCAUGACUAUCUUGGGGACAUGUACAUGGCUCGCCACAACGGACGAAUCACGCCUGAGGCUCGCCUGAUUGCCAUCUGGCUCUCGACACCAUUUUACAUUGUUGGUAUUGUUAUCAUGGGUUAUGCCCUAGGCCGUCAUUGGCAUUACAUGGUCUUGGCAGUUGGGUGGGGAUUGCAAAACUUUGGCAUUAUCAUCAUCACCACGGCCAUCAACGCAUAUGCGCUGGAUGCUUACCCUGAGGGCAGCGGAGAGGUCGCGGCCUUGUUAAAUGCUGCCAGAGCUUUUGGUGGCUUUGUGGCCGGUUAUGUCCAGAUCGUUUGGGCUCACAGGUCUGGAGAAAUCGUGGAAUUUGGGUCCCAAGCAGGCAUCACCGCUGCUGCGUUCUUCAUAGUGGUUGGUCUGCAGUUUUAUGGAGAGCGACUGAGGAAGUGGCAAGGCGCAAUGAACUUCGCGACGCACUCUCCUGCAUUCGCCUAUGCCCUGUUCACCCGUGCUGCUGCGCUAAACUGCGAGUAUGAUUCGUUGCUGCUGCGCGCUGCACGGGUAUCCACACACACCUCCUCCAGCUCGCCGCUUGUUAGAUCAUAUGCCACCGUUCAGUCUGAUAUCUUCAAGCCCACGAAAUAUGGGGGCAAAUAUACAGUCACGCUCAUUCCCGGUGACGGCAUCGGUGCUGAAGUCGCCGAAUCCGUCAAAACCAUCUUCAAAGCCGACAACGUGCCGAUAGAAUGGGAACAAGUCGACGUCUCCGGCGUCGACACGGGAGACAAGCACUCUGAGGAACUCUUUCAAGAAUCCAUCGCGUCGCUGAAACGCAACAAACUCGGCCUCAAAGGCAUCCUGCACACCCCCAUCGAACGCUCCGGCCACCAAUCCUUCAACGUCGCCCUCCGACAAGAACUCGACAUCUACGCCUCCAUCGUCCUGAUCAAGAACAUCCCCGGUUACCAAACCCGCCACUCCAACGUCGACCUCUGUAUCAUCCGCGAGAACACCGAGGGCGAGUACUCGGGACUCGAGCAUCAAUCCGUGUCUGGGGUGGUCGAAUCCCUCAAGAUCAUCACGCGCGCCAAGAGCGAGCGCAUCGCCAAAUUCGCCUUCUCCUUCGCCCUUGCCAACAACCGCAAGAAAGUGACGUGUAUCCACAAGGCGAACAUCAUGAAACUGGCCGACGGCCUCUUCCGGAACACCUUCAAGAAAGUGGCCGAGGAUUUUCCCACACUCGAGACAAACGACAUGAUCGUGGAUAAUGCGUCGAUGCAGGCGGUUUCGCGUCCGCAGCAGUUCGACGUCAUGGUCAUGCCUAACCUGUACGGUGGCAUCCUAUCCAACAUCGGCGCGGCGUUGGUUGGCGGGCCCGGUAUCGUUCCCGGGUGCAAUAUGGGACGCGAUGUCGCAGUCUUUGAGCCUGGAUGCAGACAUGUAGGGCUGGAUAUCAAGGGGAAAGAUCACGCGAAUCCGACGGCUAUGCUGUUGUCUGGAUCGAUGUUGUUGCGGCAUCUGGGGUUGGAUGAUCAUGCGAAUCGGAUCAGUAAGGCCGUUUAUGAUGUUAUUGGGGAAGGGAAAUCACGAACGAGGGACAUGGGCGGUCGAGCUACAACGCAUGAAUUCACCGCUGCGAUUCUGGAUAAGAUGGAGGCGGCUCUAUGA